UGCUUUAUGACCCUGCAGGGUUGUGAAUCUUGGGGUGAGAGGCCAUUUCAGCUAUUGUUGUCGGGUCGCACUGAGGGUCUGGCCUUUACAGCACCAAGUGUGAAGAAACCACGAGUGCCUUUGUGUUCUAGGUAUGCCGAUCCAUGUGAGUAUGAUGAUAAGCCCAUUUGUGGGACAGACGGCUACACCUAUAGCAGUGAGUGUGUGCUCUGCAUGGAAAACAGGGAGCGGACUGUGCAGUCCCUAAUACAACAUGAUGGCCCUUGCCCUCUCCUCCCUCCACAUGAAAUGAAGAUGAAGAAACCCAACGUACACUAA